GUUGGAGCGAUUCCUUCUUCAGGGUAGUAACAAAGUCACGCGAGGCGGACACAUUUGUGCGUUGAAGAAAGUCAGUUACUAGCGUUGAUCGCACGUGCGUCAGAAUGGAAGGUCAGCGAACUCCCGAGAUUCUGGACUACCGGAAUGAGAAUGGUCAUGGAUGGUCCUUCUACAAAAAUGACGGCAUCCUCCGGACGAUUGACACCACCCCUGAAGAUGACAUGGAAAUUAUCAGAAAUGUUCAGAAACUGGAACUGAGGGAUGAUGACAUCUUGAUUGCAGCAUAUCCCAAAUGUGGUACCCAUUGGUUGUGGGAAAUCGUCUCCAUGAUCAGGGCCGGUAACUCUGAGUACAACAAGAAGGCUAAGGAAAUCGCCAUGUUGGGGAUGCCGAAGCUUGAGCGGGCUGAUGAACUCCCCUCCCCGAGAGUUAUAAAUUCCCAUCUAUAUUUCCGUCAUCUGCCCGAGAAGCUGGUGGAGAAGAAAAUAAAAACAAUCUUCAUCAUGCGAAAUCCCAAAGAUGUUAGCGUAUCCUAUUAUAACCAUCUCAACGGACUAAAAGUGAGCGGUAGGUUUGACGGGACGUAUUCAGAAUUUCUGGAUCUGUUUCUGGAAGGAAAAGUGAUAUCUGGUGAUUAUGUCGACUACGUGAAGGAUUGGCUGCAAGUGAAACAGGACAACCCGGACUUGCCAAUGUUAACGUUGUUUUAUGAAAACUUGAAAAAGGAUCCUGUUAAAAACAUCAGAACGGUUGCCGAGUUCCUUGGAUUGUCUGUCAGUGAUGAACUAUGUGAGCAAAUUGCAGAAGCGUGCAGCUUUAAGAAGAUGAGGACGGCAGACACUGAAGUCAAGCAGCAUACCGGUAAUCCGUCCUACGUCUGGAAGGAAGGUCACCAAGGAAUGUAUAGAAAAAGUUACUCGAGGACGUCCUGGUCUCUGUUCAUACAGUUCCGGUGGUUUGGUACCGUUGUCACAGCCGCCAAACACUAUAGUGAGGUUGGGGAUUGGAAGAACUGGAUAACAGUUGCCCUGAACGAAAAAUUUGAUGACGUCAUUGAGCGCCGAUUUGAAGAAACGGGAUUUGUAUUCACGUAUGAAUAA